AUGGCUCCUAAACCAAGAAAGAAGUCGAUAUUAUCUGAUCAAGUGGAAUUAGUAUAUGCUAAAUCCAAAUGUUACCUUCAUCCAACUUCAUCUAAAAUUGAUAAUGUUGCAGGGUAUUUAACAAUUUCAAGGGGUCCCAAUGCAACCAAUAAUGAUUUAUUGGUAUCUUUCACAAUUGAGAGUACUUUAAAACCAGAGGAAUUAAAAAUCUACCAGCAGGCUGACUUAGAUGACAUUAAACCGGAUGCUUCGAAAAACACCCCAGAAAAUCAAAGAGUUGUCUCCAAACCUCAUACUUCAGUAUUGUUAGGAUCUAAUUUUAGUAUCCCGAUAUCAUUUAUUUACUCAAUUCAAGUAAGAAGUCCUUCAAUGGGUAUGUGGUAUGGUUCUAUUGUUGUAAACACUCAAGAUGGUGAAAAAUUACCUAUCGUAUUCUUCCAUGACGACGAAUCUCCUUCUACUAGAGCCAGACAAAAAGUCAGAAAUCAGAAUUUCGAAACAUUCAGUGAAUCAGGUGAAUUAUUCUGGGGUGGUGUAGAAUUUAUGCAAGUAUUAGGUGAUUAUUGCCAUUUAGUCAAAUCGACCAUUGAACCUUCUGUGUACCUUGUAAACCCCGUUACUGACGAUUUAAGAAAUUUUGCUCCAUUCAAAGAAAAGGCUAAAACGCCUAAGCCAAAAGCGUCUCCUCCAUUCCAAUUACCUGAUGUCAAUAAAUUUAUUGCUACAGCUAAAUGGAAAGUUUUAGAAACUGUAGCCACUUUUUCCGCCAAAACUAAAAAUCAAGUAAUUGAUCUUGUUGAAGAACAUGCACCUUUACCUAUUAGACAACUAGUUAACAAACCUGAGGUGCAAAAAAUUGGUAAUGAAUUUGAAGGUGCCAGAGUUUAUUUAGCUAAAUGGGCAGCUCAAGUCAAAGAAGAAGCUGAAGAAAGUCAAAAAAGAUUUCAGGUUAAUGAUGAAAUGUAUAGUAUCAUUAACAAAGAAUUAGGAGGUGAAAUUUUAACCGACCAAGAAAUUAGUAAAACUGGUAGAAGAGAAGAAAUUUCCAAAUCUGAAUGGGAGAGUUUCUUUGAUUUUUCAGGACGUUUAAGAAUCACUGCGAGUGAAGUAAAAGACAGAAUAUUUCAUGGUGGUGUUAGUCCCAACAUCAGAGGUACAGUAUGGUUAUUUUUAUUGGGAGUUUAUCCUUGGGAUUCUUCAUCUGAAGAUCGGGAAGUUAUUAGAAGAAGUUUAUCAACCCAAUAUGAUGAACUUAAGUUGAAAUGGGUUAAUGAUGAGGAAAAGAGAGCUAGUGAAUUCUGGAAAGAUCAAAAGCAUAGAAUAGAAAAGGAUAUCAAUAGAACCGAUAGAAAUCUUCCACUUUUCAAGAAUAAGAAAAGAAAUGUAUCUAUCAGUGCUAUUGGUUCAAAUGUACCACCUGUUGUUAGAGAAAGUUCGCCAGAAACUCCAGACGAAGAUGAGAAUGACGAUGAAUUCGAUGUUUCAAACAUCACUAACCCUCAUUUAUACAAGAUGAGAGAAAUAUUAUUAACGUUUAAUGAAUAUAAUGAAAAUUUGGGUUACGUCCAAGGGAUGACAGAUUUAUUAUCACCAUUGUAUGUGAUCUUACAAGAUGAAUCUUUAGCUUUCUGGAGUUUUACUAAGUUUAUGGAUAGAAUGGAGAGAAAUUUUGUUAGAGACCAAUCAGGGAUGAAGAAACAAAUGUUAACAUUGAAUCAAUUGGUUUUGUUCAUGUUACCUAAUUUAUUCAAACAUUUGGAAAAGUGUGAAUCAACAGAUUUGUUCUUCUUCUUCAGAAUGUUAUUGGUAUGGUUCAAAAGAGAAUUUGAAUGGGAUGAUGUUUUAAGAUUAUGGGAAGUUUUAUUUACUGAUUAUUAUUCAAGUCAACACCACUUAUUCUUCGCUUUGAGUGUGUUGAGUGAUAAUGAAAGAAUUAUUACACAAAAUUUGAGAAGGUUCGAUGAGGUCUUAAAAUACAUGAAUGACUUGUCAAUGAGAAUGAAUCUUAACAAGUUAUUGGUAAGAUCAGAAUUAUUAUUCUUAAGGUUCAGAAGGAUGAUUGAUAUCAUCGAUAGAGAAAACAACUCUAAAUCUGAUAAGAAUGAAAUUAGUCCUGAUUUGAGACAAUUGUUAUCAAGAGAAUUGGUCAUUCAAAAAGAGGUAGAAAGACCUGAAGGUGUUGGAGGUGGUUAA